GGUGUCACUCUGCAGCGGAGCUGAGCGCGCCAUCUUGUUAACUAAGUCAUGCCGCGGGUUUAUAUAGGGAGGCUGAGCUACCACGUCCGGGAGAAGGACAUCCAUAGGUUUUUCGGGGGUUAUGGCAAACUCCUUGAAGUGGACCUAAAGAACGGAUACGGGUUUGUAGAAUUUGAAGACUCCCGAGACGCAGAUGACGCGGUGUACGAGCUGAACGGCAAAGACCUAUAUGGGGAGCGCGUGAUUGUGGAGCACGCCCGAGGGCCGCGUAGGGACCGUGACGGAUACGGUUAUGGAAGUCGCAGUGGUGGUGGUAGUAGUGGCGGAGGCGGCGGCGGUGGUGGAUACAGGAGUCAGCGCUCUGGUAGAGAUAAGUAUGGACCCCCUGUGCGCACGGAGUUCAGACUCGUUGUUCAGAACCUCUCCAGUCGAUGCAGUUGGCAGGACCUUAAGGAUUUUAUGAGACAGGCCGGGGAAGUGACCUACGCCGAUGCCCACAAGGAACGCACCAACGAGGGAGUCAUAGAAUUCCGGUCCCAUUCUGAUAUGAAGAGAGCCCUGGAGAAGUUGGAUGGCACAGAGAUAAAUGGGAGGAAAAUUCGGCUGGUGGAGAGCAAGGCUCGUCACAGGAGGUCAUAUUCUGGGAGCAGGUCCAGGUCACGAUCCAGAAGCAGGAGGAGAUCCCGCAGUAGGAGCAGGCGCAGUAGCCACAGCAGAUCCAGGAGCCGUUCUCGCUCCCCUACCAAAAAGAGCCGCUCCCGCUCACCUGCUAAACGCAGCCAGUCCCGCUCCCCUGCCAAAAGCCGUUCCAGGUCUAAAUCUGGGUCCAGAAGUAAGGAGCGUUCACCAUCAAAGCAGAGGAGAUCAAGAUCAAAGAGCAAGCCCAGCUCUGAACACGGUUCCAGAUCCCGCAGUCGUUCAAAGGGCAAACAGAGGUCUCGUAGCCUGUCAAAGGGCAAAAGGGAGAGAUCACGUAGCACAUCUAAAGACAAACGAGAGAGGUCCCAUAGCCCAACUAAGAGCAAGAGAGCAAGGUCUCGUAGUAGAUCUAAGGGCAAGAGAGAGCGAACCCGUAGCAGGUCCCAAAGCAAGGAGGAACGCUCCAGUAGCCGUUCCAAGGGCAAAAGAGAGCGGUCUCGUAGCAGAUCCAAAAGUAAGAGGGAAAGGUCUCGAAGCGGGUCUAAAGGCAAGAGGGAGAGAUCUCGUAGCAGAUCUAAGGGCAAGCGUGACCGGUCUCGUAGCCAUUCCAAAGGCAGACGGGACCGAUCUCGCAGCAGGUCCAAGGGGCUCAGAGAACGCUCUCGGAGUCGUUCCAGUAGCAAGCAGGAGCGUUCAGAAAGUCUUUCAAAGAGGGAAAGGUCCUCACACAGCAGGUCCAGGUCCCGCUCCCCCAAGGAAAAUGGCAACGGAAAAGCCCGAUCACGUUCUAAGUCUCCCAGUCCACCUAGUGUCAGUAAAGAGGGAUCUGCUUCCCCACCCCCUCGGGCCGCCUCUGCCGCCAGCUCUAGGUCUCGCUCCAGCUCCCGUGAGUAGGAACCUAAUGUUGCAGGGGCCCGGCGUUAGAGCUGUGCCCUUACUACUCUAUCCAUUGUUAAAUUCCUUGUGUGAUGUUCUGGUGCUGACACACCUAUGUGAAUCUUUGUUGUUUUUCCGGCAGCGAGCGGGUCACGCUUUGCUCUGGCAGGUGAAGGCGUUAAAUCCCAGCUGUGCAAAUUCUCAUAGGCUGUAGUCUAAUCCUUUCUUGCAUGUCCUGGCACUGAAGGGGUUAGCAGUUUGUAAAGGCAGGUAUUGACAGCAGCAUGAAUCCCUGGCCCUUUGUCACGUUUUUAGAAUUUACAGAAGCUUCCUUCUAAAGCUGUGUUCUGGAUGUUAUGGAGAAUUAACCCUCAGAAUGCUGAAUUGGAACAAUAGUUUGAUCCCCAGUUAACUCUUGCUGCUGACUUUGUAAAUAAAGUUACGAUUUGUAUUGUC